AUGCGGACGGCGUCAUCAUGUAGUGUUUGCAGGGCCAGAAAGAAGCGGUGCAUAGCCGGAUCUUCAGGAGAGACAUGUCAGUUAUGCUCGCGGAAAGGUCUACGAUGCGAUGCACCUCCACCCCGUACAUCCACAGGUAACCCACAGCCAAUUCAAGCUCAUGUAGUCAGCAGUGGACACCCAGCUAUUUUACCGCCUGCCGAAGGCUCUAUCUCAUGCCCUCUCAAUGAUAGUCCGACCUCCGAGGGUAGCAUAGAAUCACAAAUUGUCAAAACCACGCUCGAGGAUCAGGACUUAUGCGAAGAGCUAGUCGGCAUUUACUUUGACAUCAUACACUUUAAACAGCACUUGAUUUUCCACCCACAAUCCUUCAUACAAGAUCAGAAGAAGGGACUUGUACCAGACUACCUAUUAUUGGGCGUCAUGGCACUUUCAGCUAGGUUCUCUUCAAAUCCCUCAUUCGACGGCACGUCUCCAUGGGAACGAGGAAAGUCGUUUUUACAAGAUGCAAUUAGGUCUUUUAAUGAACGGACUAAGCUUAUAUCGCUCGAAGCUCUCCAAGGCUGUAUUCUCCUUGCGUUUGGUGCCUUUGUCGAGGGGGAUGCAGAUCAAGAUGCCCUACUGACCUGUCAAGCAAUCCGGAUGGCCCAAUCCCAAGGGCUUCCCGCAAAUUUAAGCUCUGACGGACUGACUAGAGAAAUCCAGAUUAAUUUAUACUGGCAGACGUGGAUGAUGGACUGUUGGACCUCUGUCCGUGCCGAACUGCCUCAGCAGCUCCGUAACGAUCCGAGUUUUCCCAGACCUUUGAGGCAGGACUUGUUUGACCGUCUAUCCCCGGGUGGCCCUGCUGAUGACUCUAUGGUUUCGGAUGUGUCACGAGUGAGUAUCUGGGGUUUGAUACUCCCAUUAAGUCACUGGCAUGCAGAAGCAGUACAGCUCAAUCACGAUAUAGUAAACAAACCAGCCGCUGAGUUCACUGUCAGACAACUUGUGCGCGGUCUGGCAAGUAAACUAGACCAUUGGGUUACCGGUUUACCACACAAUCUCCGGAACACAACGGAGAAUUGGAAGACGUACAUGCACAUUGGUCAAGGUCGACUAUUUGCAGUUAUGCACGUCAUCUAUCACCACACAUGUCAAUUGCUAUUCUACCAAUUCCUUAACAGAUACGCGUUACCCGAGGGACAAGACGUCACGGCAUUAGACGAAGAAGCCGUCACCUAUGCCAAUCUUUGUAAAGCUCAUGCCAUAGCUUUAAGUAAGCUUAUGUGGGAGCUUAACUCGUCCCCCGAAUUAGACUGUCUGUGGUCACCGGUGAACAGUCAUCUUGUUGUUGUUGCAUCAACAAUCCACCUACACACGAUGCUUUUAGGAGCCGACAGGCCAGAGGCAAAAGAAGCAAAACGACUCCUUGAGCAAAACUUCAUGAUUCUACAGGAACUCCAGAAGUACUGGCCCUCUACCGAGAUUGCUCUUCUUCGACUCCAAACCUUUCACAAUGCCUGCCGGGUCAGUACCAUCUCAAAAACCUUUGAUAUGGAUCACUGGAUGGCGAACUUCCUCAUCAGAUAUGAUUUAUCCGUCCAAGAUCGAGAUAUCGACGUGGAGCUAGCGUCUUUGGGUAAAAACGACGAUGGAACCCAAAUUUGGGAUAUGGUAGCCAAUGACAGCUGA